GCGCCUCGGUGAGGCGGCGGUCACGUGUUGUUUUGCUCUUUAGUUGGGGCACUCGGUGCGCGAUGUGUUACUUACGGCGAAACUCCCGCCGGCGCCGGCAGCAGCAGCGGCGGUCGGGGAACCUCAGCAGCGUCGCCGGUACUCGAGCCGGGGAGGACGCCGGGCGGCCGCCGGCAGCACCCGCUGCCUAGGGGUGACAGCGGAGGAUCCUGCUGCGGCUCCGAGCACCGCGCUCUUCUGCGAAGGAAUAACUUUAUUUUACCUGCUUCCCUUCAUCCUCCCUUUUUUCUUCCAUUUUUUUUUUAUUUUUUUCCUCCCCCGCGGCGCUCGGGCACCGGAUCCGCUCAGCGUCGGCGACAGCAGCCGGAGGAGCCGGGCGGCGUUCCCGCCGCGGGGCUGGGGAUGGCGAGCCCCGCUGUGCUGGGGCUGCUGCCCCCCCUGAGCUCCCCGCCCGGCCCCAACCUGAACAACAACAACAACAACAACCAGGGCGUCAGGAAGUGCGGGUACCUGCGCAAGCAGAAGCACGGCCACAAGCGCUUCUUCGUGCUGCGCGGCCCGGGCGGCGGCGGGGAGGAGGCGGGGGGCGCCCGGCUGGAGUACUACGAGAGCGAGAAGAAAUGGAGGAACAAGUCCGGGGCGCCCAAACGGGUGAUCGCCCUGGACUCCUGCCUCAACAUCAACAAGCGGGCGGACGCCAAGCACAAGUACCUCAUCGCCCUCUACACCAAGGACGAGUACUUCGCUGUGGCGGCCGAGAACGAGCAGGAGCAGGAAGGCUGGUACAGGGCUCUCACCGACCUGCUCAACGAGGGCAAGGCGGCCUGCCAGGGGUCCCCCUACCGCCACCUCGCCUCCCCCUUCUCCGCCUCCUGCGGCGCGGCCGCCGCCUCGCUGGCCGCCGCCGGCGAAGACCUUAACUACGGGCUAAUCGCGCCGGCCACCGCUGCCUACCGGGAGGUCUGGCAGGUGACGCUGAAGCCCAAGGGCUUGGGGCAGAGUAAAAACCUCACCGGCGUCCACCGGCUCUGCCUCUCGGCCCGCACGAUUGGGUUCGUGCGCCUCAACUGCGAGCUGCCCUCGGUCACGCUGCAGCUGAUGAACAUCCGCCGCUGCGGCCACUCCGACAGCUUCUUCUUCAUCGAGGUGGGGCGCUCCGCCGCCACCGGCCCCGGCGAGCUCUGGAUGCAAGCGGACGACUCGGUGGUGGCCCAGAACAUUCACGAGACCAUCCUGGAGGCCAUGAAGGCGCUGAAGGAGCUGUCCGAGUUCCGGCCCCGCAGCAAGAGCCAGUCCUCCUCCUCCUCUUCCUCCGGGGGGGCCGGCGGGCCCGGCGGCAGCGGUGCCUCCGCCACCCACCCCAUCACCGUGCCCGGUCGCCGGCACCAUCACCUGGUCAACCUGCCUCCCAGCCAGACCGGCCUGCUCCGCCGUUCCCGCACCGACAGCCUGGCCGCCGGCGCCGGCAGCAAGUGCACGCCGUGCCGGGUGAGAACGGCCAGCGAGGGCGACGGCUGCCGGGUGGGCUCUGCGGCCGGCAGCCCCAUGAGCCCGGGCCCCGUGCGGACCCCCCUGAGCCGCUCGCACACGCUCAGCGGCGGCGGCGGGCGGCAGGCGGGGAAGCUGCUCCCGGUGCUGGCCGGCGGCGGCGGGCUCCAGAGCAGCCGUUCCAUGUCCAUGCCCGCCUCCCACUCGCCCCCCUCCGCCACCAGCCCCAUCAGCCUCUCGUCCAGCAGCGGCCUCGGCUCCGAGCCUGCCCACCCGCAUCACCCGCAGCGCCCGUCCAGCGGCAGCGCCUCCGUGUCCGGCUCCCCCAGCGACGCCGGCUUUAUGUCUUUCGACGAGUACGGCUCCAGCCCAGGCGGCGACCUCCGGCCCUUCUCCUCCUCCUCCACUGCCAGCAACCGCAGCAACACCCCCGAGUCGGUGGCGGAAACUCCCCCAGUGCGGGACCCGGGGGGCGGCACCGAUCUCUACGGAUACAUGGCGAUGGAGCGGCCCCCGAGUGGCCGCCUCUGCUACCGGCCCUGCCCCGACGCUGGCAGCGACAGGUGCCAUCGGAAGCGGACCUACUCCCUGACCACGCCGUGUCGGCAGCGGCCCGCCGCGCCGCAGGUUUCCUCCGCCUCCCUCGACGAGUACACGCUGAUGCGCGCCACCUUCGCCGGCAGCGCCGGCCGCCUCUUCUCCUCCUGCCAAGCCGGGGCUUCCCCCAAAGUGACCUACACCCCCUACCCCGAGGACUACGGGGACAUCGAGAUCGGCUCUCACCGCAGCUCCGGCAGCAGCAGCACCAAUCUGGGCCCGCCGGCAGUGGGGGGAGGAGGGGGAGAUGAUGACGGCUACAUGCCCAUGACCCCCGGUGUGGCUGCGUCCUUAGGGCAGGGAAGCCGGGGCAGCGAUGAUUACAUGCCCAUGAGCCCCACGAGCGUGUCUGCCCCCAAGCAGAUCCUGCAGCCCCGGCCAGGGGUGGGUAGCGGGUCCCCGGGAAAUGGGAGCAGCUACAAGACCAGCUCGCCUGGGGAGAGCUCCCCUGACGAUAGCGGGUACAUGCGGAUGUGGUGCGGCUCCAAGUUGUCUGUGGAGAGCUCAGAUGGAAGGCUGAGUAACGGCGACUAUAUCAAUAUGUCCCCUCGGGACCCCCAGAAUGGUCCCCAAGCUCCUUCCCUCACCCCCCCAGACUUCUUUUUUGCCCCUUCAGGGCAUGGGUCCAGUGAGCCCCCAAAGCCCAGCUGCUAUUCCUACAGCUCCUUACCCCGCUCAUACAAGAGCCAGGGCUUGGCAAAGGACAGCGACCAGUACGUGUUCAUGAACUCCCCGGGGAGGAUGAUCCCGGAGGAGGCGGUGUGUGGAGCCAGCCAGUUGCCUGCAGGCACCUUCGCCCCCUCCAGCCACUCGGUGCCUUCGCCCCUGCGGCACAGCCGGACCGAGAGCUUCCUCAGCCAGCGGUGCCAGCGGGUGGCCCGGCCCAGCCGCCUCUCCUUGGAGACCCUGCGGACGGUGCUGCCCAGCAUGAACGAGCACCCUCUGCCGCCAGAGCCCAAGAGCCCCGGCGAAUACAUCAACAUUGACUUCGGGGAUGCUGCCGUCUACUCUCCCCCGUCGCUGCCUGCUGACAGCCCAGCCUCCUCCCUGGGCUCAGGCACGGGGCAGAGGCGCUCCCCUCUCUCUGACUACAUGAACAUCGACUUCGGGUCACAGUCACCCUCCCAGUCGGGCACGGUCUCAGUUGGCUCCUUGGAAGCUCUCUCUCCAGGUUCUUCCUCCAGCACCAGCCAGCCCAAUGGGCGCUACCUGAAGGCGGCUGUGGAGGUGGCUUGUUCGUCCAGCCCGUCGGAUGGUGCCGAUUACACCGAGAUGACCUUUGGCAUGGCCACUACCCCACCUCAACCCAUCGUUCAGAAACCAGAAAGUGCCCGGGUCACCAGCCCCACGUCUGGCGUGAAGAGGCUCACCCUCUCUGGGGUGGAGGCUUUCAUUCUCUCCAGCCCUCCCCCAGACCCGAAUCGGGGGGCCAAAGUAAUCCGGGCAGAUCCCCAGGGGCGGAGGAGGCACAGCUCAGAGACUUUCUCCUCCACCACCACUGUGACCCCAGUGUCCCCCUCCUUCGCACACAACCCCAAACGACACAACUCGGCCUCGGUGGAGAACGUGUCCCUCAGGAAAAGCGAAGGCCUGGAGGAGGAGCAGGGUAGCAGUCCCAUGUGCCGGGAGACCUCGGCUGGCUUCCAGAACGGCCUCAACUACAUCGCCAUUGAUGUGGUGGAUGGCUCCCUGGCAAACUGUGACAAAUCCAGGUUGAAAGCUAGGCACCUCCUGAAUGGGGGCAUCAAUGGAGUAGAGAUGAGCACCUAUGCCAGCAUAGACUUUCUGUCUCACAACCUGAAAGAAGCCAGUGCUGUGAAAGGAAGUACAGGAAGAUGGAAAAGAUGAGAGAUCCACGGUUUGCAGAGCAAGCUUUGAACCUAAUUAAGACGAGAGGAUUGUUGAAUGCAAUGUCAGAGUUUGAAAAGAUGAAGGCUUAUUCUGAAUGACUGGAAGGGUUGAGGGCAGAGCCUUGUUUGUCUCUUGCUUUUAGUUUUGCUGGGGUCGUUUUCAGGAUCCUUGUGGCUUGCCCGAGCCCGGUGCGGAUGCUGCAGCCCCCGCUCUCCUUGGGAUGGAUGGCGGUCCCGGGCGCCAGCAGACCAUCACGCCCCUUUGCUUUGCAAACGGAUUUUUCGCAGAAACGAGGAGCUUGUCUUGAGGCACCUACAGCCCCGAUUGCAGCUGAAGCCCGGUGUUGGGAAAGAGCUGUUUCCACAGCAUUCCCCAAACUGCUGACCCUGGGGGGGCGGGCACCGGCUGCCGGGAAAACCCGGCGCGGAUGGCGGCAGGCGGGAAUGGGAGCGGCGGGCGGGAGAUAAGGAGGGGGAAACGACCGCCGUCCUUCCCAUCCUGUAAACAAAAGGAUAAUGCAGGGAACCCAGCCGUGUUAAUGUGGUACACUGCGGAGAGGGCUCGCUGCUGCUGCUGCUGCCUGUGUUUGUCCAAGGACGGUUAUAGGCUUGCCUUAUUUUAAUAUUUAAUCUGCAUGUGUGUUUGUUUUUCCUCUUUCCCGUAAGCUUCUAAAGGCAGAUCACAUGGAGGAGUGGUGCGGGGAAGCUCGUUGGGAUUGACCCUAUCUGUAGGAGGUGGGCUGUCCUCUCCUGCACCUUGCUUCCCUGAGAAGGGUGCCAGCCUGUAGGGUGCACUCAGGGGUAUGGGAUGCAGGGAUGCAGGGAUGGAUGGAUGGAGCCAGAGUCAGGUAGUAAGGAAGAACCUCACCCCAGCAGCAUCCUCAGCCAGCAGUGGGUUGGGUACCAAAAACGGGGCAUCAGGUUAAUUGCACUUGUGGCAGCCAAACUGGGAAAGUCACAGCGUGGGAAAGGAGAAACACAUCAUAAAGGACUUCAUUGGCUUAAGUUUAAUCAAAUAAUAAACUUCUGCAAAUUUCCUAGUUUUCCUUUUGUUUUUCAUUGGGAUUUCACACUGAAGUUUGUUUAUGGAAGGUCUUCUGCCAGUACGUAAAAAGGUCACCCAGAAUUUUGCUAAUGUAUUUGAGUUUCAAACAUUGUGAUUUGGGAGGCUACUAAGAAUUUAAUGUUUUAGUGAGAAACAUAUUCUGUUUAAAGAAAACUGUAUUUUGCACAUAGACAAGACUAUUUCAACAGCAGUAAUUUGGGUAUAUUUGAGAAAAUCUAAUUCUGAAAAAAUUGCUGAUCUGCAGAAGAGAGCUUGUAUAAUCAGCAUUGUUUAUUUAGUUAGCACUUUUUUCAAACUUUGUUUUUAGCUACAUUAGAAAAGUGAGAAGUUUUACUUCAAGAGUGGUUUCUAGUAAUUUUAAAAUGGAAAAUCCACUUCUGUUUAAUGUUUAGAACAGGAAACUCUGAGAUACAGAGUAUACAAACAAGCUUCUUGUAAUUACUUUCUCAGAAAAUUAAUAUUUUGAUUCGUGCAACAUACAUGUAAAAAAACAUUUAUUGAGUUCUUCUUUAAGGGUAUUGAUUUGUGCAAAAUGCAUGUAAAAAUCAGUUUGAGUUCUUCCUUAUGGUCUGUAGCACUAGUUGUAUUUUCAUCUGGAUAAAUGUUUUAAGGGAAAUAAUUUGUAUAAUUUAAAGGUGGCUGGCUUUCACAUGUAGUGAAUUUCUCUGCUCUCAGUAACUUGCCUGUGUUGUAGGGAGUGCUUUGCUUUUGGAAAUCUCUGUCCAUAUUAUCCUGUCAUGGUAAGAGCAAGCUGUUGUCAAAACAGAGCAGUUAAAAGGUUGCUUGAAGUUAUCACUUCAUUUACUUUUACUGUUCUCUAAAAAUGUGCAAAUGUUUAGGAGUUGGAGAAACAAUUGCCUUCAUCUGAUACGUAAAUAAAAUUAUACUGUUAUUGGUGGGUUAAAACUUGUUACUUGCUGAUAACUAACCUUUGUUCUUAAAUUAUGACUGCUCUUUGGCUUAGAAACGUAUGGACUUGUGUAUGGAUUUCAUUAUUUAUGGAAUGUUUAUAUUCGUUUUUCUGUGAAUUAUUUAUUCCAGUAUAUUUAUGACAGAUUACACUCAGCAAUGAUGUAACUUUUUAUGAUGGAUCUUAGUCCUGAAGUCAAAUAGGGGUUUUGUUUCUGUCUCAGUAGGGUUAAGAUUUUACCCUUUGUGUGUAAUCCUGGAAUUCUUAAUUUAGUUGGUGUAUAGUAGGGAAUUUUCCUUAAUCUAAAUCACCAGAGCGGGUUAUCUUUAAUUUUGUUUUCUUUUCCAUUCACAAAGUGCUCUGUACUUUAACUUGUAAAUGUUUUUAGUAGUUGCUCUAGUUUGCUAAGACUGAGCAGAUAGUACAUGUAAUAAUGCAAAAAACGUUGAGGAUUCUUUCCCUCCUGUGUCAAUUUCUUUUGCCUUGAUUUGUUUGAAGAAGUCAUCAUCUGUAAUGCAUCUACAAUCGUAAUAAGGUGAUUUUUGAUAAUAAUGAUCUUCAUCUGGCACUCACUUUGUCAAUUAGCUUUUAGUUUUGUGAGGGUUUUAUGGUUGCACCUAAACAAUAAAACAGCCUAUCUUAAUAAAACUCUUCCUCUGUCUUUCUAAUGGCAUUUUAGAUUGUAGAAGACAUAAUAAACUUUAUUUCCUUUUUCUUUGGGAUUACUUUACACAAUGAAUUAUAUUACUGAGUUGUUUUUUUUACCUCCUCUUCAUAUGUCAACUGCCAAAAAGUUUUGGUUCUCAGAGCAACAUGACAAUGUUUUUCUGUUUAACAAAAUUAAUGCUAAUUUUAAAAUGACUUGUUAAAAGUAUUGAAAGAACUAUAUGCUGUUAGAAAUCUGUACAUCUUUUCAAGUCUUUAAAAUCGUUGUAGUAGUUUCUCUCACUGUCAAAUUCUGUUAGAGCAUCAAACUAACUGCAGAAGGAAGUGAGCUAUUUUUAAUAACUUACAUAGCUUGAAGUUUUACCUCACACAUAGAAUUAAAAAUUUGAAGUUUUCUUGUAAACACCUCAAAAUUCACUUGCUGUCUUUCAAAAGGCACUUUGCAGGUAUCCAGAACAAAAUUGUUAGAUCUAAACCUAGCAUGCCACUUGUGAAACACAGAAUGUAAACUGAAAUAAACUAUCUAGGAUUAAAUUAAACUUUUAAUAUUUUAAAUUAUGUUGAUUAUAUGGGUGUCAGCUUGUUACAAGCAGAUAGAAUAUCAUGACAUUUAUUAGACUUUUUUUUUUUUGCUUUAUACUUUAAAUUAUGUUUAGCUAUCCUGCUCAUAGAAAGAAUGUCAUGGUUACUUUGAGUCAUUUAAGAUAAAUUGUUAUAGACCAAAUUGAAUGGUGGGUUUGUUCUAAAAUGAACCAGUACAGUCAUUGCUCAAGGCAGAGGAAAUGCUUAAGUUGGUGAUUGCUUCUGAUUACUUGAUUUCUUUCAAGAUAGCUGCAGAGACUAAGGUUCAUUUGUAAGUAAGAAGAAUAAAGGAGUAUUUGAACAGAAAGAAUAUUAAGGCAUAUUUUAUAUGGUAGGGUUGAGUUUUUUUGGGUUUUUUGGUUUCUUUUUUUUUUUUUAUGUUUUGUUUUUUAAGGAGAGGCUAGCAUGUGUUUCUUUAAAGUUGAUUUAGUUUUAUUUUUAAAUAGUGUUAAAUACAGUGGAAUGCUGAAGUGGUUUAUAAGCUGAAACACAGCAAGCAUCCACUGAAAACUUUAGCCAGUUACUGUAUGUAAUUUAACUUCCCUCUCUAUUCAGCAGUUAAAUGGCAGCAUAGGUACACCCAAAUAUUUUCUGUCUUUUUCUCUAAAAGCAUCAUUAAUAUGUUUCUUUUUAAAGUAAUAAACAUCUUAAAAAGUGUUAUAUCUGUUGCUUUUUUAUUCUGAUUUUGUUGAAAUAGAAUAUCCUUUUUAUACUAGUUGUCUGUAUGUUUUUUUUCUUUGUCCGUGUUCAUUGUGUUAGUCAUGGUAUAGCAAAUUUUGUGGAAGUUUGAAGUUGAUAAACUAUGUGUAAUAGCAAUUUAAAGUGUAUAUGUUGACUGAUUUGUUAAAUUGGGACGUGUAAUUAUGAGAGUUUCACAACUCUGGGUUUUUUUGUAGUUUCUUACAAUGUUUGCUUAGAAGUUAUCUGUGUAUGCAUGGAAAUCAGUAUUAUCCCUUGAGUUUUUAGAAGAUGGUGUGACCUCCAAAGUUCAGUUAUGUUUUCUUUGUGUCUGUUGUCUGGCAUGUAGUUAUUUUUAAAGUUCUGUGCAUAUGUUUGUAGAGGGUCAAGUGUGUCAGCUUUGGAAAGCCAAGUUCAGCUCAAUAGUCCCCUUGUUGCUGAUUGUUGAAAACUCUGGCUCUUCAGCAGCAGAGUUUUCAAAGGAAAACUUGUUUGUUUGUUUUGUUGCUGUUUUGGGUUUUUUACACUUGUGUUUGUGUCAACUGCCUUUAGCUAUCUAGCAUGUGGGGCUUCUUGGAUUAGUCAGUGUGCCAGGGCUCUGGAGAACCAGCAGCAGUAAACAGAAACAGCAAAUGUGACUGCCCCCAUUGUCUUUUAAAUGCAAGGUACAAAGUACUGUGCAUUUUCCCCUGCAUCUCUGUCAGCUUUGAGGGAGCCAGGAUUACUGGUUUAGAUUGCAUUUGCACUUUCCACACUAACAGGUAGAAUGAAUCCCCCCUCAGUUGCAGGGUUGUUUUGUAGUUAACACAAGCUUUAAGACUUGGGUAUUACAAGUCUCAUGCAAACCACAGAAAAAUGAAUGCAAAGAUUUCUUACAUCUUUACAGAGGGUCCCCUAAAAGUAUUUAUUGGUGUGUUAAAGUGCUAACACAUCUAAGUAAUAUUUGAGGCUGGCUCAAAGACAGCAGUAGUUAGUAAUCCCUGUGUAGCCACUUAAACAGUAAUGAGCAACUUUCCUGAAGUAUAGGUGAGCUAUUUCUAUGCUUAUUUCCAUGGAGUUAUGCUAUUACUUGGUAGCUGAGGUGACAAAUUGGAUACUAAACUGGGACUGUUUAGGAAAGAUUUUCAACCUAUGAUGAGAAAUCCUUUUAGAAAUUAAUUUAAAAGACCAAGGACAAUACUUGGAGUUCUGUUCCCAUUUUUGCUUUAAAAAGCACUUCAAAACAUUGACAAUUUUUUUAAAUCAGUGAUGAUGACCUCAAAUUCUGUACAGCUGUAUAAAAAAUAAUAAGUUUAAAAAAUCAAGUUCUUGCUCUCAGUGCAGGGCAAACACACUCUGGAAAGGAGCCUGUUACAAGGGAACA